AUGGCUCUGCUCGCGAAUCUCACAUCUCUUACCAGUCUAGAACUAGUUAAUUGCAAGGAUAUCACAGUGGAUGGGUUUGUUUCUCUCAUCACAAUCAACCUCGAGCGUUUGACGGUGUACAAUUGGACCGAGCCCUAUUCUGUAGCAGCAGAUCUACUUGCAGCGGUGGCAAGGACCAAAACAUUGCCCGCCGGUUCCUUCCAACUGGUGAGCCUUUAUGUGGACAGCAUCUCUGCAGUGCUUGUUGCUCCCAUCUGCAGCCGCCUCUCCGCUACCCUCCAGAACUUAUGCUUCGGUGAGGAUUGGCGGACGGAGAAGUUCACGGAAGAGCAGGACGAGGCGCUUCGGCUCCUCACGUCUCUCCAAGGCCUAUGGUUCAACAACUGCAGGGCUCUGCGAUCCCUCCCCCAAGGGUUGCAUCGCCUUCCUUCUCUCCAGGAAUUAAGUAUCGGGGGGACUCAAAAAAUCAGAUCGCUGCCCAAGGAGGGCCUCCCCGAUUCACUGCGACUGCUAGUCAUACCUCCCUCACAUCUCUCCGAAGCCUAUCGUUCAAGACUACAGGACUCUACAGUUCUGAGGCGGAAAGCUGAAUCGCACCUUCUGCAUGCCUUUCACACACACACACACAUGGAUCUGCAGGCUGGGCUCACAAUUGUGGAUAAUAAAACAUCCAGUAUCCUUGAGGAAACAAAGAAAAUUCAAAUUAGAAGGAAACAUGCUGGUUCAAGUUCUUAUAUGCCCAAUUCAGCAGUAGAUACACAUACACCCAGCACUCCUGAUCUCUCACCAUUAAGAUCUGCAGCCUAG